UAUGCAGAUUGUGAAGUAAAACAUGUGAUGGUUUUUCACUGUUUAUAGACAUUCGCGUGCAUUUGAGAUAUUCUGGAGGUGCUAGAAGUAGGACACAAUCAUCUUGUGAUAUCUUGAAUUUGGAGAUGUGGUAGAUGUUGAUGGUACACUCUGUCAAACAGGAAUUCCACUCGCCCAGUGAGGACUGUUCUGUAUAAUCUGUUUUGGUGAAGUGCUGCUGGUGCAAUGGAAGAUUUCCUUGAAAUUAUCACGAAGCCGGAGCAAAAGGGGAUGGAAGAAUGUUUGGAACGCUUUUGCAAUGACUCUUUCUAUUUUAGUUCACCACAAAGAUGAGGUUCGAUGAGCUAGAUAAAGGAAAUUUGCGAUCAGCAGUUUGGGAUAGAGUUUUCCGUUGUUUAUCCGAUGAAAACGAAUUCAAAAUUCAUCUGAAGUGUUUGGAAUCACUUCGAAUUCUCAGCCGAGAUAAGACUGAUCUAAAUGACCUGAUAACGGAUGAGAGACUGAAGCUAAUUAUCCAGAAAGCGGGCGCCUCAGAUGAUGACCUGGAACUGUCUUAUGAUGUAGUUAUCGUGGAAGCAUUGAAACUUCUCUGCAACGUAAUAUUCAAUUCCGAAGUGGCUCAAAUUGAAUUACCAAAGACCGAAUGUCUGAAGAAUCUAGUCAAGAGAAUCCAGAAUGAAAAUUCGAAAUGUCAAUUCACCUACAACAUUGCACUAUUAUUUGACAUACGACUGUUAUUUCUAGCAACAGCGUAUAACGUACGAUGUCGGAAUACCUUGAAGGUAGAAGUAAAAGCUGAUUGCGAGUUGAUAAAGACGUUGGAUACUUUAUCCCAUGAAAUCAAUUUAGAUAAAAAUGAGAAAAUGAGAAAUAAUUAUAUUGAAAUUGCGUGUGAAGUAUUGAAAGCACUUUUUAAUUUAUAUAUUGACUCUGAUGAUUCUACUGAUUGUUUGAAAAGUCAGCAUGAGAAAUUGGUUGACAUUCUUUACAGACUAUUGUUGACAAAGUCAAAAACAGAUGAUUUACACAGCCACACUGUGAAUUUGCUCACUGUCAUUCCACUCAGUUGUGUUCGUUCAAUUAUUCCUCCGGUAAAUUUAAUAAAAAAUAGCGGAGGUGGUCAUGUUUAUGAGAGCACGGAUAUGACAGCAAUUCAUCAAUUAUUAUUGUUUUUGGACAAGAGAUUGGACAACCCUCUGAAUUUAAUUGAAAAUAUCUCUCCAAUUGUCACUGCACUGGUGAAUUUGUCAAAGAGUCAACGAUUGAUACGGAAAUGGACUAGACAACAAGUUCUACCGUCUUUGAAAGGACAGGAUGUGAUGCACAGACCUGAAGAGGAUCCUCAUCUUAGGGGGAAAUUAUGCAAAUUGCUGACGAGCCCGAUUACUGAAGUUAGAGAUCUUGUGGCGGAGUUUUUAUUCAUUCUUUGCAAGGAAAAUGUUGGAAGGAUGAUAAAAUACACUGGUUAUGGCAAUGCAGCAGGGAUGUUCGCUAACAAGGGUUUAUUGGGUGGAGUGCAAAGAGAAACUGAAUACUCGUCCGAGUCUGGGGAGAGUGACACCGAGGAGUAUGAUAAAUACAAGGAAAAUAUAAACCCAGUUACCGGAUGCUACGAGGAACCUAAAUCCAAUCCACUUGAUGGGAUGACUGAGGAACAAAAGGAGCAUGAAGUGCUGAAGCUAGUAAACCUCGUGAGCCAAUUGACAAAUAAUGGACUAAUUCAACCAUGCACCAUAGGCGAAGAUGGAAAACCCAAACCAGUUCAACACGUUCUAGAACUUCAGGAAGGACUACCAAAGAGCCAACAAUAUUUCAACAACGAUAAUGAUUCAGAAUAAAAAUGCACUGAUUCUCAAUUUUAAUUUUUAAUUUAUUGUAAAAGAACAAAGAACAACGUUACAAAUUAAACAAUUGGCAGGAAAUAAGAAAUAUAACUUUCCAAAAUCA